GGGGCGGGGCUUGGGCCGCCGCAGGAGCCGGCGAUGGGGCGGCGCGCGCCGCGCUGAGGGUCCGGGGGCGCCGGGACCGCAGGUCCCUGGGCAGAGGGUCCUGGAGCUGCCAUGACUACAGGGGACUGCUGUCACCUCCCUGGCUCCCUCUGUGACUGCCCGGGCAGUGCUGCCCUCUCCAAGUCAGUGGAGGACUCAGACAUCGGGCGCCCGCAGUACAUCACCCAGGUCACUGCCAAGGAUGGACGUCUCCUCUCCACUGUCAUCAAGGCACUGGGUGCCCAGAGUGAUGGCCCCAUCUGUCGAAUCUGUCACGAAGGUGGAAAUGGGGAGGGAUUGCUUUCCCCUUGUGACUGCACAGGAACCCUGGGCACCGUGCACAAGAGCUGCCUGGAGAAAUGGUUAUCCUCCUCCAACACAAGUUACUGUGAGCUCUGCCACACAGAAUUUGUUGUAGAGAGAAGACCGAGGCCUUUGACAGAGUGGCUGAAGGAUCCUGGUCCCCGGAAUGAGAAGAGGACCCUUUUCUGUGACAUGGUGUGUUUCCUGUUCAUCACCCCUCUGGCUGCCAUCUCGGGGUGGCUGUGUCUGAGGGGAGCCCAGGACCAUUUGCAGUUCAACAGUCGGCUCGAGGCCAUCGGACUCAUAGCACUCACUAUUGCACUUUUCACAAUCUAUGUCCUCUGGACACUGGUCUCCUUCCGCUACCACUGCCAGCUCUACUCAGAGUGGAGAAGGACCAACCAGAAAGUCCGUCUGAUGCUCCCGACCUCACGGAGCCCUCACCCCCUGCCCCACUCCCUCCUCUCAGCCAAACUGAUGAAGAAGACUGCGGAUGAAACCACUGUUUGAACUCUCCCCAAGCCACCCUGCCCCGGGGCACAAGGGGCUGGCAGAAGCCGAGGGGACCUGGACAGCCCUGGGUGGGUGGGAAAUGCAGCGACUGUGAAGGUGCCACCCUGAGGGACUCAGUGGUCACCACUGCUCCAUAAGAUGGGAAAAGGACAGAGGAUCAACAUCCAGUGGUCAGCACCUGCUCCAUACGAUGGGAAAAGGACAGAGGAUCAACAUCCAUCAUGUGAAACAGCCCAAAAGAGCCAGAGGCCAGAGGGCAGAAGGCGCCUGUCUGCAGGGACGCUUUGCUAUAACUAAAUCCUAUACGUGGAAAAUAUCUCCAUAUAUAUAUAUAUAUCUAUAUAUAAUAUUAUUUUUUAAUGGCCAUGCAUAUUGUGUUUCAGUCCUUUUGUGUUGAUGUUCUAAGCUUCAGUAUAGAAGCUGGCAGCCUGAUCUCAUUCAGAGGUUAAAUCUAUGCCUUUUCUCCAAGUGAGCAUAUAAAGAACACUUUUCAUUGACCAUUCUUCAAAGUCCCCUUCUCCUUUGCACUAAGUUGGUUUUGAUAAUACUGCAGCAGCCUUUCCCGUUACUCUUUUUUGUGGUGUUCCUGUCCUUUCUAGAAAAUGGUGUGUUUUUAAUAAUUAUAAUCCCAAAAGGAGUAAAAUGACAUAAUACUGAAUGGAGACAUUUUGUAUUGUAAA